AUGGCUGUGGAAAACACUGAACGAUCUCUAAAAAUAUGUGAAUUCAAUCAUUGCUUGCCACAAGGAUUAUACAAGACCUUAUUGACAGCUUCAUGUCUGGCAUGUCCAUGUGACCCAAUACAGUUUCUGAAAAACGCCCUCUUCGCUUUCCAGGGACAUGCUAAUCUUCAGGCUGUCGACUGGAAGUGGAAAAUGUUCAUCGUGCAAAGAAAAAGAGAUGCCAUAGAGCUGGUUCAGAGGAUGGACAUGGCAGAGAGGCACUUUGAGAAGAAAUGUCAACACAUUGUGUUCACCAAAUGGUUGAUUUGGGUCAAAUUAAACAAGAGGGCAAAGAUUGCUGUUGUUGGCAAACUUGAGACUCUGGUAAACACCCGCCGCCUGAAGCGCAUCAUAGCUGCAUGGCAUAUUGUUGCAAAGGACUCAAAAAGGGCAAAAGAGUACUUUAAGAGGUUGGAAACUAGUUUAGCUGAAAUCAACAAUAGGGAUCAUCACAUUGGUGAGAGAUUUGAUGGACUCUCAGCACUCCCUGAAAACCUCUCACUGAAGAUAUUUCAAUAUUUAGACUUGAGAGACUGGCUAAACUGUUCUGAAGUGUCUUAUGCAUGGAAAUCCAUCAUCCGGUCAGGCACAUUGUGGAGUCAGAUCAAUGUUUCAGUAGAGAAAGCCUGGAUAACCGACGAUACAGUGAAGCAAAUUCUGCAGAACUACCGCCCGUUUGUGAUCCAUCUCAACCUGCGUGGCUGCACAUCUUUAAAUUGGCCCAGCCUGAAAUGCAUCAGUGAAUGCAGAAAUCUGCAGGAGCUCAACGUGUCAGAGUGCGACAGUGUUACGGACACGGUGGUUCAGAGGAUUAUCCAGGGCUGCCCUUGCCUGCUCUACUUGAACCUUUCGUGCACCCUCAUCACAAACACCACUCUAAAAGAAAUAUCCAGGAGCUGUGUCAGACUUCAGUAUCUGAGUCUGGCCUACUGCUGCAGAUUUACAGAUAAAGGGUUUCUGUACCUGACCACAGGAACGGCCGGCCGCAAUCUCCUCCACCUCGACCUGUCCGGCUGCACUCAGAUGACAGUAAAUGGGUUCAGGUACAUUUCUGCUGGAUGCCCUUCACUCAGACAGGUUGUGAUCAACGACAUGCCCACUCUGUCAGAUAGCUGCGUUUUGGCUCUACUCACCAGAUGUUGCUGUCUUUCCACUCUCUCCUUGUUGGACGCCCCCCAUCUUUCUGACGUUGCUCUUAAAGCCAUUGCAGAAACAAACGAUCUAAGGGCUUUCAGUAUAGAAGGUAACAACCAGCUCACAGACCUCAGCUGGGAAGUCCUGUGCAGCAGCUCACAAGCCCUCAGCAGACUUCAUGCUGCAGAAUGCCCGAGAAUGACCGAUACCAGCCUGAGAUCUGUGGCCACCCUCAACAAUCUACAGCACCUGGACAUCUCGCUGUGCAACAGGGUGAGUGAUUCUGGAAUAGAGUGCUUGACCAAAGGCUCCUCAGCCAAUAAACUGCGGACAUUAAAUGUCAGUCACUGCUGCCACAUCACUGACAUCUCUGUUAAGAGAAUUGCCAAAAGGUUGUGCAAACUUCAUGAUCUCAGUUUGAGUUACUGUGAGAGGCUAACAGACUUAGCUUUGGAGUGGCUGAGUGGCAGUUCAAUCUGCUCUCUUGACAUCACAGGGUGCAACAUCCAGGAUCAGGGACUGGCUAAACUUGAGAGGAUUUGCCUGAAGAAGAUAGUACUUGCUGAGUGCGUAUACAUCACAGAUAUCGGCAUAGAGCAGUUCUGCAGAAAUGUGAGGGACCUGGAACAUGUUGAUGUUUCUCACUGUGUAGCUCUGUCUGAUGGAGCCGUGAGAGCCUUUUCAUUUUACUGCAGAGGUCUGGUUGUGCUGCGGAUGGCAGGGUGUCCAAAGAUGACGGAUAUGGCAGUGCAGUACCUGACAAGUGGAUCUCUGUACCUGCGGGAGCUCGAUGUGAGCGGCUGUAGUUACCUUACUGAUCGCUCCCUUAGAUACUUGGAAAGGAUUUGUCUUCCACUCAGCUCCAUCAGGAUGGCUUGCUGCAGCGGGAUCUCCAGGGCGGCUGCCUUAAAGUUGCAGACACGUGCCUCAUACUGGGAGUACAGCAAUGACAACCCUUCACACUGA